AUGGAGUGGUAUACUCAUUCACGUUUUUCCUCUCAGUUAUAUUUAGAUGGACCAUUUGGUGAAGGCCAUCAAGAUUGGUAUCGUUAUGAAGUGUCAGUGUUGGUAGGAGGAGGAAUUGGAGUCACUCCUUUUGCUUCAAUUUUGAAAGAUAUUGCUCAUAAGGGAACAUUGAAGUCCACAUUUGCCUGCAAACAGGUGGGGGUUACUAGCAUGCCUCACAUUUGAUAUUAGCUGAUUCCCUCUGCGUUUUUUAAUAGGCUCCUUUUAGUCAAUAAAAUGAGUGACUGAUGGAGAACGGUGGGCUUUUUAAAACAAUGAAAAGACAAUAGAACAUUCUGAUCACUGAAUCAUGACUGGAUGGCAUGGAGAACAGUGGGAUUUUCAAAACAAUGAAGAAACAAUGGAACAUUCUGAUCAUUGGAUCAUGACUGGAUGACAUGGAAAACAGAGGGAUUUUCAAAACAAUAAAAAGAGAAUGGAACAUUCCAAUCACUGGACUUCCCCUCUCUCCCGAUGUUAAAUCAAUUUUCCGAAUUUCUGUGCUUUUCAAGUUUAACCCUCAAUAAUUUGCCGUUGAGAGUUUUGACCUUCAUAAAACAUUCCAUUGACUGUAUCUCUCUCAUUCCUCAGGUAUAUUUCCUAUGGGUGACUCGCACUCAGAAACAUUUUGAAUGGCUGACAGACAUUAUCCGUGAGGUCGAGGAGAAAGACACAACAGGAUUAGUCACAGUUCAUAUCUUUAUCACACAGUUUUAUGAAAAAUUCGAUCUACGAACUACCAUGCUGGUAAGAUAUAUAGAAAUUUCACUUGUCAAAAGAGAGUGUUGGAUAUUAGGACUUAACCAAAGGUACAAAUUCACAGCAAUUGACACAUUUUGAAGAUUUUCCUUUCGUUAUGUAGUACAUAUGUGAGCGUCAUUUUCAGAAGAUUUCUGGACGUUCUCUCUUCACUGGCCUGCAGGCAAUCACUCAUUUUGGCAGACCAAACUUUAACUCAACUUUACGACGUAUUUCCGAUGUUCACCCUGAGGUAAUGUUUCACAAAUUAAUUUAUACUCCUCCCGUAGUAACACUGCAUCGAGAUGAUCCUUACUGGACCUCUAGGACGAACAGUUUAGAACUGAUAGAGCUAUCCAGUAUAAAUAAAGUUAAUUUAGUUUAGAUUUCCUCCUGCAGUAACACUGGAUCAAUAAGAGAUGAUCCUUACUGGACCUCUAGGACGAACAGUUUAGAACUGAUAGAGCUACCCAGUGUAAAUAGAACAUACAGUAUCAUAUAUUCAAUGCCUUAUUCAUAAUAGGGCCAUUUAUAUGAACGAAAAUAAGUCGCGGCCUAAAUAAGCCGCGACUUAAAUUCGCGAACGACUCGUAUUAACGUUUAGUCAAUUUGUUCGCAAGCCGCGGCUAAAAUAAGCCCAUGCUUGAAAGCUAGGCCUAAAUUAGCCGCGGCUUAUUGCAAAUUGACUGUUUAUACGAGUCGUUCGCGACUUAUUUAAGUCGCGGCUUAUUUAGGCCGCGACUUAUUUUCGUUCGUAUACAUCAUUUUGAAAACUUUUAAUGUUUUCCCUAGGUUGGCAAGAUAGGUGUGUUUAGCUGUGGGCCUCCAGCAAUGACAAACGGUGUUGAAAAAACAUGUGCCGAACUCAAUAUCAACAAUGGACCGACAUUCAUACAUCAUUUUGAAAACUUUUAAUGUUUUUUUAUUCGCAUAAAUUAAUUUAGAUUUUUUUAUACUGUGAACUGAAUUAAAUUCAGUAAUUAGAGACUACUAAUGUUAAAUAUUUUGAAAUAAUAAAUCAGACACUGAGACACUGU